GAACCAGCUUUCAAGCUGUCUCUCCGCACUGCCUCUGAUGGAGGCAGCAAAGGGGCGGGAACGAUGAGUCGAGGGACGAGUCGACUAUCCAAUUGAGCUUUUGCUUACUGGAUAGUCGCCUAGUCGCUUGCGUCCCUACCCAGGGUGGCAAAUCAGAAGCCUCCCUUAUACUCUCGAGGGAGGGCCCACCUAAGAGACUGAGGCCAGAUGAUUGGCUGUGAAUGUCCUUUGGGAAGGGCACUUUCCUGUUCACACCCAACAGCUUCUCGCUGCUUGGAUCCGGAGCACCCUCCUCGCCCUGCGCUCCACUGUGAUGUCACGCACGUGGCAUUGUGACGGCACAGCAGCCGGGGAGGCUGGGGCACGCCCUCGUUGAAAUGUCAAUGACUUUGCUCCUGCGGCCAAGGAAGGGCGAAGCGCAGGGCAGCCAACGUAGCCGAUGUGUUUGCGAGCUUUGCCAGCGUGCGCCUGUUCCUCUCCCCGCCCCAGCACAGGCAGGCAAUGGGGAGAGCUACUCUGACCGUAAUUCAAAACGAAUGCCAGGGCAACCAGACCCUCCCGCGGCUCGGUUGGCAGCUGCCGAGCACAAGGCCUUCUCUUCAAACAGCAGCAUCAGCGAAAGCUUCCUCACUGUGAAAGGAGCGGCGCUCUUCCUGCCCCGGGGCAAUGGGUCGUCUACCCCCAGAAUCAACAACCGGCGCAACAAGCAUGCAGGGGACCUCCAGCAGCACCUGCAGGCCAUGUUCAUCCUGCUGCGCCCAGAAGACAACAUCCGACUGGCGGUGAGGCUGGAAAGCACGUACCAGAACCGCACGAGGUACAUGGUGGUGGUGUCGACCAACGGCAGGCAAGACACCGAGGAAAGCAUCGUCCUCGGAAUGGAUUUCUCUUGCAAUGACAGGUACCCGGGCAGACGCGUCGCCCUCUCCCCUCUCCGGCCCCCACGUUCCCGGUCUCCUCCUUACUGGAGCCUCGUCUGCUCUUUCCCCAGGGGGUUCAGCGUCUCGACGGACAACAGGGUCCAUGUCUUCAAGCCGGUGUCUGUCCAGGCCAUGUGGUCUGCCCUGCAGAGCUUGCACAAGGCCUGCGAGGUGGCCCGAAGUCACAACUACUACCCCGGGAGCCUCUUCCUCACCUGGGUCAGCUACUACGAGAGCCACAUCAACUCCGACCAGUCGUCCGUCAACGAGUGGAACGCCAUGCAGGACGUGCAGUCCCACCGCCCCGACUCCCCGGCCCUCUUCACCGACGUCCCCACGGAGCGCGAGCGCACCGAGCGGCUGAUUAAAACCAAGCUGCGGGAGAUCAUGAUGCAGAAGGACUUGGAGAACAUCACGUCCAAAGAGAUCCGCACGGAGCUGGAGAUGCAGAUGGUGUGCAACCUGCGGGAGUUCAAGGAGUUCAUCGACAACGAGAUGAUCGUGAUCCUUGGCCAGAUGGACAGCCCCACGCAGAUAUUUGACCACGUCUUUCUGGGCUCGGAGUGGAAUGCCUCCAACCUGGAAGAUCUGCAGAACAGAGGGGUGCGGUACAUUCUGAACGUCACUCGCGAGAUCGAUAACUUCUUCCCGGGGCUCUUCGAGUACCACAACAUCCGGGUGUACGACGAGGAGGCCACGGAUCUGCUGGCGUAUUGGAACGACACUUACAAAUUCAUCUCCAAAGCCAAGAAGAACGGCGCCAAGUGCCUGGUGCACUGUAAGAUGGGCGUCAGCCGGUCGGCCUCCACGGUGAUCGCCUACGCCAUGAAGGAGUACGGCUGGAACCUGGACCGGGCCUACGACUACGUGAAGGAGCGCCGCACCGUCACCAAGCCCAACCCCAGCUUCAUGCGGCAGCUGGAGGAGUACCAAGGCAUUCUGCUGGCCAGCAAACAGCGGCACAACAAGCUGUGGCGCUCGCAGUGCGCCCAAGAGCGCAGGAUCCACCUGGAGUUCGCCACCAGAGGCUUCCGCGCCGAACGCCUCGAGGACGAGCUGAACCUCAACAUCAACGGGUGCCCGGCAGGGUGCUGCUUGGCCCAGGCCCAGUGCCCGCUGGACAAUUGCCACGCGGCCGAGGCCUUGAUGCAGCUCGACGAGCCCGCGGAGCUGGCUGCGGCCUUCCCGGACCUGACCGUGGAGGAUCUGGAGACAGACGCCCUGAAGGCGGAGCUGAACCUGCACUUGGUGCCCAUGGAGGAAUUCACGGCGUGUCUGAAAGACCCUCCCGGGUGGCCUGAUCCGCACUCCCCCAGCCCCCAGCCCGAACCUGCGGACAGGAUCGACUUCUUCAGCGCCCGCGAGAAGUUCGUGGAGCUGUCCCAGGAGAGCCGGCCUCGCGCCUGCUCCCAC